GUUAGUCGCCUCUUACGACAAGCAUAGUCGCCCUUUAAGGCAAGCAUGGGUUGCUGAAGACCUAUUCUACCCGGGAUUCUACGGGAUCUUCCCGGAUGGCUGAAUGAGUAAACACCUCUGCAUGGAUGUUGACAUUAACACUAGGCUGCACAAUCACAAGAACUUAGGGCUCUAAUUCUCACCAAUUCCUCAACAAAACAAUUCUGGAAGGUUUUACGAUGCACUUAACAUAUCCCUGAAUAGUUGUAUGCAAUGUUCUCUCGACUUUCUUGAGACGUGAUGCACUUGUUGAGGUAGAAAUAUAUUACUUUGGCACAUAUAUAACAUGUUUGACUUGAUCUUUCAUGCAAAGCAUUCAUGUGAACAAACACUUUGUUCCCAUAUUUUGUUUUUUAUGUUGAAUUUUUGUCAUGCUUGACUCUGCUGUUUUUAAGUUGCAUGCCUGUGCUUGCCCUUAUUUGCUUACCCAGCAUGCUUUGCCUAAUGCUUUCCUCAUGCUUCACUCACAUUUUACAGGAACUAUUUUCUCCGUGACAGGAAACGCUCCCCCCCAGUUACAUCGACUUCCAAGUGAAUAUGCCUGCCCACCUGCCCAUAUGCCCAGGGCCAAACAGCCAGCUCCUGUUCAGUCACAUGGAGAUGUGAAUGAUAUUCCCCUGCCCGCUCGGCGCGAGGGACUGCGAGAGAACCAGGACCUAAACAAGGAGAACAAUGGAACGAUUGUGGGCAGUUUAAAUGAGGAGCACGUCACCAUACUCGUAGACCGGGGCUACGAUCGCCUCAAAGCAGUGGAGGCCUUGAGAGUGUCGCACAACAACCUCAAAAUGGCCGAGGACAUUCUGGAUACGUUUGUUAAAAACAAUCGAUGAAAAAAAGUAGGGAGUGUGAUGAUUCUACCAACCACCAGGGGGCACUGUCGCCACGUUUGAUACGCCUGGACUGAUUGUAUUGAGAAGAGACGUGGGCAGAGUGCCAUGUGACUUGAGACUGUUCUGCUGUAGACGUGUCGUAAUCAAAUAAUUUAUACUCACUCUACAAUCAAAGUGAGGCUGCCUCGGUCUGGUCCUACCCCUCGCAGGUUCCUGGGGUCGUGUGGCGGAGAGUCACUUAUGCUUUUAGUACGUUAGUAUUUAUGUCCGUAUAUCCCAUGAGGCUGUGACUCUAUUCAUUUCAGCCGCACCAAGAGAGGAGACUUUUCUACUUUGUUUCUGUCACUGUAACAUUGGGACACGCCCACAAGUUACGUUUUUGUCACUGUAACAUUGGGACACACCCACAAGUUCCGUUUUUGUCACUGUAACCUUGGGGCACGCCCACAAGUUACAUGUUUCUGUCACUGUAACAUUGGGACACGCCCACAAGUUACAUGUUUCUGUCACUGUAACAUUGGGACACGCCCACAAGUUACAUGUUUCUGUCACUGUAACAUUGGGACACGCCCACAAGUUACAUGUUUUUGUCACUGUAACCUUGGGACAGGCCCACAAGUUACAUGUUUCUGUCACUGUAACAUUGGGACACGCCCACAAAUUGCCUAUUUCUGUCGCUGUAAUGUUGGGACAAGUAUGCCAUUCUUCAAGAGCUGGUUUUUCUCUUUGAAUUGCAUAUCCACACGCCAGAUGCACCUUUUGAUAAACAUGCCCUGGCCACUUGUACAAAGCAUGUUGUUCGUCAAGCUGACACUCUGUUUACCAUUUAGCCUGGUCAACAUACUUGUAGGUGGGCAUCUAGAUAAUACCUUUCAUGAUAGAUGUGUUCAUGAAGAUUUACUAAACUGUUCAUGAUAUUGGUACGAAGAUAAUCCUGACAAUUAACUUGACAGCUGAAUAUCUUGAUUAUUCAUGAAGAACAGCUUCACAGGUGAAUAUCUCAGUGUCAAUAAUGAUAAAUACGGUAACUAUUACUGUAGGCGAACUUCUAGAUAAUCUUUCAUUAAGAAUGUGUUCAUUAUAGCUGGUUAUGCCUCUAUUAAGAAUCUUGCUUUUCCAUUGGUUAUUCCGUACCACGUGACAAAAAAAUACGUUUCAAUGUUGACCCCCAAAUCACGUGACUGACACUGACCUCAAACAUUGAC